UUUAUGACUCUAGGCAAAAGAUGAGAACGGCAGUGAGGGAAGAUAGCAGCCUGUGUUGUAUGGGUCACAAGGACCGGCAGGUAAACUUUCUCUGAAUCGUCCAAACAGGCCCAAAAGAUGUGCUGACGGGUGGAGCCCACACAGCUCGGAGGGUUUAUUAAGUGGGCCGGUUGCCAUAGUGACGCUUUGGCUGGAUAUUGCCAGGAUAAGCUGUAAUGGGUCUCCUGACACAGUUCUCCCUGCUCCUGUGGAAGAACUUCACUCUCCGGAAAAGACAAAAGGUGCGGAUGGUUAUUGAGUUGCUAUGGCCUCUGUUUCUCUUUUUCAUCUUGGUGUGGGUGAGGUCCACCAACAAGCCGAUUUACAAAGGCCAAUGUCACUACCCAAACAAAGCCAUGCCAUCUUCUGGCACACUGCCCUGGCUCCAAGGUAUGAUAUGCAACAUCGAGAAUCCUUGCUUGGACUAUCCAACGCCAGGGGAAGCACCAGGAGAGGUCAAUAACUUCAACAGCUCUAUAAUUGCUGGGAUCUUGAUCGAACUUCAAACCAUUUUAGGAAACAAGUCUGUUCUCGCCAAAGCGAAGCUCCUGGCAGAUGAUUUCAAUCAUUGGUCUUCUGUCCUCUCUCUGUCAAAGCCUAGUGAUGUCCUCAUGAAGAGUAUUCUGAAAGAUGGCGAAACCUUCACCACAUAUCUGAAUCAGAAUGUGUCAGUUCCAGCAGCAGUGGUCCAGAGCCUCAUGAAUGCCAAGCUUCAACUCAGUCCAAUGACGGGCAUCCUGAGACCUGGGAAUGUGAAGAGCAUUCUGUGUGAGGGGACAAAUCUGGACAAGUACAUCCAAUUUAACAGCCAAGCUGAGAAGGAGGCUUUUCAGAAUGUCAGCUGUUCCCUCACUCAACAGCAGCUGAUGGACACCCAGCAGGUUCUUCUGCAAAACCUGGAUGGGAGGAAAGUGCUGUCAGGGCUGCCCUCAGUGUGGAACCUAAAUGCAACAGACACACUGUCUCUGAUGAGCAAAACCUCUGCAGCGGCAACAUCAGUUAUUGAGGAGGUGAUCCGGAUGCAGAGCUCCAUGGUCUUUAAGGCAGUUAAUUCCCUGGAUUUCAAAAAAGACAUGUUUGGAAGCAUCAAUAUUCUGCUGUGUGGUAAAAAGCCUAACAUCAGUUCAACCAAAAUGUCCUUCAGUUUACCCUCAGCAAGACCAAUGGAUAACAUGUCCGUUUCAAAUUUGGGCAACAACUCCGAUGGGUUUUGUCAGAAUCUUAUCAGCACCCUGGAGGGCACACCUGGUCUGCGCUACAUUUGGAGCACCUUCAGACCAUUAGUGAGAGGGAAGGUCCUGUACACACCUGAUACACCUGCUGCUCGCCUUCUGGUGAAGGAGGCGAACAGCACAUUCGACUCCCUGGCUAUGUUGAAAGAGCUCGCUGAUUCUUGGGAUGAACUUGGACCACGCGUUUGGGAGUUUUUACAGAACAGCCCCCAAGUUAACACGUUGCGGACUUUGCUGGCAAAUCCCGUCUUUGCUGCUGCUCUUAACCAACGCCUCAAUGGUACCAGAUGGACAUCCCAGCUGCUGGGAAACUUCCUGUACAACGGGCCUCCAGAAGAUCGUCCACCUGGGCUCCCGGCAUACGACUGGCGGGAUGUUUACAACACCACUACACAAAUCCUCAAGCUUCUCUCCAAAUUCCUUGGUUGUUUGGACCUGAAUAAGUUCGAGGCAACUGAGACUGAAGGCCAUCUAGUGAAUAAAGCCCUGGAACAUCUGAGUAACAAGACAUUUUGGGCUGGUAUUGUCUUUAAAGACCUCCAGCCAGACUCCAGCAGCAUCCCACCCUUUGUCAAGUACAAAAUCCGCAUGGACAUCGAUGAGGUUGAGCGUACCAAUAAAGUCAAAUCCAGGUCAUGGACUCCAGGAGCAAGAGAUCACUCCUUUAAUGAGCUGCGCUACAUAUGGGGAGGCUUUGCCUACCUCCAGGACAUGAUGGACCACGCCAUUAUACGACUACAAACAUCGAAGACUCAACCGCUUGGUGUCUUUGUCCAGCAGAUGCCAUACCCUUGCUUUGUGGAUGAUGUCUUCAUGCAGAGUAUCGGAACCGUUCUUCCCAUGUUCCUGGUUCUGGCCUUCAUGUACUCUGUGUGCAUGAUCAUCAAAAGUUUGGUGCUGGAGAAGGAACUUCGGCUCAAGGAGGUUCUGCGCGCCGUUGGUGUUCAGAACAGCGCCCUCUGGUCCGCCAGGUUCACAGAGAACAUUGUUCUGCUCAUGGUUCCCUGUGCGCUCAUGAGUGUCAUGGUUAAGUACGGCAAAGUCCUCCAGUACAGCGACCCCUCAGUGAUCUUUAUCUUCCUGCUGGUGUUCUGCCUGGCCACCGUCUCAGAGUGCUUCUUCAUUAGUGUCUUCUUCUCCAAGGCCAACUUAGCAGCAUCGUGCGGCGGCCUCAUCUACUUUCUCCUCUACCUGCCGCACGUCCUCUGCUAUGCCUGGAGGGACGUCAUGGGUUUCGGGGCCAAGGUCGCUGUGAGUUUACUAUCAUGUGUGGCCUUUGGAUACGGCUGUGAGAAAUUCUCUAAGUACGAAGAGCAAGGCAUCGGGAUUCAGUGGCACAACAUCGCCAAAAGCCCAGAGGAGGGGGAUCGCUACACCUUCAUCAUUUCCAUUGUCAUGAUGCUGUUUGAUGCUCUUCUGUACUGGGUGCUCACGUGGUACAUUGAAAAUGUCUUUCCAGGUCAGUAUGGAAUUCCCAAACCAUGGAACUUCCCUUUCACUUCCUCUUAUUGGUGUGGGACAGCAUCAGCGACAGACAAUCGUACAGAUUUACUUCAAGAUUCCAGAGUGGAGGACGUAUAUCUAGAGAAACCACCUUCUAACAGUAAAGCAGGGGUCUCGAUCCGCAACCUUGUGAAAAUCUACAAGACGGGUAAGAAGCUGGCAGUGGACGGAUUGAGCAUGGACUUCUAUGAGAAUCAGAUCACAUCGUUUCUGGGCCACAACGGAGCAGGAAAAACCACUACAAUGUCUAUUCUAACAGGAUUAUUCUCACCUACAUCGGGAACAGCUCUCGUUAAUGGAUACGACAUCCGCACCGACAUGGACGUAAUACGGAAGUACCUGGGAAUGUGUCCUCAGCAUAAUGUUCUAUUCAAUGAGUUAACUGUAGAGGAGCACAUUUACUUCUACGCCCGGCUGAAAGGGCGCAGCCACAGGGAGGUUGAAUCCGAGAUGGAACAGCUAAUUAAAGACGUUGGUUUACCACAUAAGCGUAAAGACCUCGCCAAGAACCUGUCUGGUGGCAUGCAGAGAAAACUCUCAGUGGCUAUAGCGUUUGUCGGUGGGUCAAAAAUCGUCAUCUUGGAUGAACCUACAGCAGGAGUAGAUCCCUACGCUCGCAGGGGAAUCUGGGACCUGCUGUUAAAGUACAAACAAGGUCGAACAAUCAUCUUGUCAACACACCACAUGGACGAAGCAGACAUCUUGGGGGAUCGCGUUGCCAUCAUCUCCCAUGGAAGGAUGCGAUGCUGCGGCUCCUCGCUCUUCCUGAAGAAGAGUUUUGGCAGCGGCUACUAUCUCACUCUGGUCAGAAGUGGAACAGAGAAGAUGUCUGCUCAACGGGGCAAUGUCACACAAACCCAGGCUAAGGAGACACAACCGGAGACAGACUGUCCUUGCAGGGACAGUCUGGAUGAGGGCAUUGGCAGUCACACGUGGGACAACUCAGAUCUGACAGAUUUAACAGCUGUGGCUCAGCUUGUGCGGUGCCACGUCCCUGAGGCUGUCUUUUUGGAGAGCAUCGGUCAGGAAAUCACGUUCAUACUGCCCUACAGUGGAGCCAGAGACGGGACUUUUGCAGCCCUCUUCCAAAAGCUCGACCUAGCCAUGGCUGACCUUGGCCUGACCAGCUACGGUAUCUCUGACACCACGCUGGAGGAGAUAUUUCUUAAAGUGGCUGAAGACACUGGGGUGGAUGCAGAACUACCAGCAACACAGGAGCCAUUGGUGAGGGACUGGAAGAGAAGCUCCCGUGAUUCCAGGAGAAACAGCAUCGCCAAUGUCUGCUCUAAAACGGAGCACUUCAACAGGACCAGUGAGUUGAAGGAAAAGUUUUCAAGGAAAGUAGAAGAUUGUAAGAAAAGGGCCAGCAUCAAUGGAAGAGGAUCCGCGGUCAUCACUGGCUGGAAACUGAUCAGAAGGCAGUUCCUGGCGCUCUUCAUCAAGCGCUUCCACCACGCCCGAAGGAGCCGCAAGGGACUCAUUGCCCAGGUGGUCCUGCCUGCCUUUUUCGUCUGUCUGUCUCUGAUCUUCUCCCUCAUCGUCCCACCAAUCGGCAGCUUCCCAAGUCUGGAGCUGCAGCCAUGGAUGUACGGGCUGCCUCAAAACACCUUCUAUAGCAACGAUAUGCCUGAGAACAUGGAGGUUUCUAGGGUGGUGGACACUUUGGUGAACAACCCUGGAUUUGGGACGCGGUGCAUGGACGGAGAUCCGAUACUAAAGUUACCAUGUUCCUCCAGUGGGUCUGAUUGGUUCACCCCUCCCGUGGAUCAGUCAGUCCUUGACAUCUUCCUCAGUGGGAACUGGAGCAUGUCUAACCCCUCCCCUUCCUGUCAGUGCUCCUCUCCUGAAAGGACGAUCAUGCUACCCGACUGUCCGCCCGGCGCAGGUGGUCUCCCUCCCCCACAGAGGGUGCAAAAUACAACAGACACUUUGCUGAAUCUGACUGGUCGAAACGUGACCGACUUCUUGGUCAAGACUUUUGAGCACUUUGGCAAACAAAGGUAUGGAGGGAUCUCUGUUGGAGGAAUCAACUCACAAGUCCAGCUGACGGAGAAAGGAGUCGAAUACGUGAUCAAGGAAUUAAAAGGCCUAUUCAAUUCACCUCAGGAUAACGUUACCGAUCAGGCGUUCCAGAGGGCCGAGACGUUGCUGAAGAAGCUGGGAAACAGGGACAAUGUCAAGGUGUGGUUUUACAACCAAGCAUGGCACAGCAUGGUGUCCUUCCUGAGUGUGGCCAACAAUGGUAUCUUGAGAGGAAAUCUGCCCGCGGGUCAAAGCCCACGCCAGCAUGGCAUCUCCGUCUCGAACCACCCCCUCAACCUCACCAAGGACCAGCUCUCCUUCACGGCCAUGGCCACGACCUCUACUGACGUGGUGGUGUCCAUCUGCGUUAUUUUCGCCAUGUCCUUCAUUCCUGCCAGCUUUGUCCUCUUUCUCAUCCAGGAGAGGGUGAGCAAAGCCAAGCAUCUGCAAUUUGUCAGCGGAGUAAACCCAGCUGUCUACUGGCUGGCCAGCUUUGCCUGGGACAUGUGUAACUACAUCAUCCCCUGCAUCAUAGUGAUUGUGAUCUUCCUAGCCUUCCAACAAAAAGCUUAUGUCUCGCCUCCCAACCUGCCUGCCUUGAUUCUCCUGCUUAUUUUAUAUGGGUGGGCCAUCACUCCAAUGAUGUAUCCUGCCUCCUUCAUCUUCAGCGUGCCCAGCACGGCGUACGUGGUUCUGACCUGCAUCAACCUCUUCAUUGGGAUUAAUGGCAGCGUGGCCACGUUCAUCAUGGAGCUCUUUGACGAUGAGAAUGUUAAGCACAUCAACGACAUAGUGAAGCAGGUGCUGCUGAUAUUCCCACAUUUCUGUCUGGGCAGAGGACUGAUUGACAUGGCAAAGAACCAGGCCAUGGCAACGCUCUUCAUCAGCUUUGGGGAAGAUCGUUUUAAGAAUCCACUAAGCUGGGGAAUGGUAGGAAAAAAUCUGUGUGCUAUGUCCAUCCAGGGAAUUGUGAUGUUCACCCUCACAAUCCUCAUCCAGUACAAGUUCUUCUGCAAACCAAGACUUAUUUCAGUAACGCCACCGUCUGCAGAGGAAGAGGAUGUUGAUGUUGCCCGGGAACGUAGGCGAGUGUAUGAAGGCGGAGCUCAAAAUGACCUGCUAAGGACCUAUGACCUCACUAAGGUAUACCCUCAGAAGAGCACCCCCGCCGUGGACAGGCUAUGUGUGGGUGUGCCUGCUGCAGAGUGCUUUGGCUUGCUGGGUAUCAACGGAGCUGGGAAAACCACAACGUUCAAGAUGCUGACAGGAGACAUCCCAGUCUCCAGCGGAGAGGCCUUUCUAAACGGAUACAGCAUACGAACAGAGAUGAGGCAUGUUCACCAGAACAUGGGUUACUGUCCACAAUUUGAUGCCAUCAACGACCUUCUGACAGGACGAGAGCAUCUGGAGUUUUACGCCCGCUUGAGAGGGGUACCAGAAAACGAAGUUGCCAUGGUGGCUGAAUGGGGGAUUCAGAAGUUGGGACUGGUCAAAUAUGCCAACAAGUCAGCAGGAACGUAUAGUGGUGGGAACAAACGUAAGCUCUCCACGGCGAUAUCUCUGAUUGGGAGUCCCCCGGUGAUUUUCCUGGAUGAGCCGACCACCGGGAUGGACCCCAAAGCCCGGCGCUUCCUGUGGGACUGCAUCCUGAGUGUCAUCAAAGAGGGACGCUCAGUCAUCCUCACAUCACACAGCAUGGAGGAGUGUGAAGCCCUCUGCACUCGGAUGGCCAUCAUGGUCAACGGUUGCUUUAAGUGCCUCGGGAGCAUCCAGCACCUGAAAAACAGGUUUGGCGACGGCUACACAGUGAUCGUGCGAGUUGGUGGCUUUCCUCCUGCGCUCAAGCCAGUGGAGGACUUCAUUGAGCAGACUUUCCAAGGCAGUGUUCUCAAAGAGAAACAUCACAAUACUCUCCAGUACCAGCUUCCAUACACACCAGGAGCUCUGGCCAACAUCUUCAGCCAAUUCACCAGCCAUCAGCAAAGGCUGGGUUUGGAGGACUACUCUGUGUCCCAGACUACUCUGGAUCAGGUCUUUGUGAAUUUUGCCAAGCACCAGCACGAGGAGGAUGAGUCUCAUGCCUACGGAAACCACGUGGACAUUUCAGACGAGCUUCCCCUGAGGACCAUGCAAACCACUAAUGAAGCGCAGAAAGUUUAACGGGAGAAGAAUUGUUAUUCACAUCGAGUAUGGAAUGGAUGCGGCCCGGUUUUCGUACAACUGUGGGAUGAAUUGCGAUUUAUACGGAUCAAAGAACGUGGGCAGAGUGUCUCCAGAAUUUUGCUCCCACAAGAUGAAACUAUUAAAAUUUGACCUAAUACGAUUACCGAUAUACCUGUAAGACUAAUGCAAACUAUGGACCACUGUGAACUGAUGCCCUUCAUAGUGAAAUAAAUGGAAAGAGAAUACAAAUAAUACAAAACAGGUCUAAUUUAGAAAUAUACCAAAAGCACUUCACUGGCACAUGCUAUUUUCUAACUUCAUGACAAUCAGCAUCCAGUCAAAAACUUUCAGAGGCUCUGAUUGGGCGCAAUGAUUUUUGGUUAAUGCGGAAAAUUUAGGGGGUCUGGACCGCACCUGCUCCAUGCUCAGUGUAAAUGAGGCGUUACAAGUAGCUUUGCAAUAAAUUUUAUUCGAAGGGAUUUUUAGUGUCAAAAUAUAGAUGUUUUGUACCAAACAAAGCUAUAUUUAAAUAUUUUAAUCGAUUUUUAUCCCAGUCAAGGUUAUCUGAAUCUUUUUUUUAAGUUUAUAAUUAUAAAAUGGUCAAAAAUGGCUUCCAGUAAGUAAAACUUUCAUCUUAACUCAUAGACUGCCAUAUUUCACAUGAGUUAGAAAAAUUCUUAGUUUAGAUAAGAGAUUCAUUUCUGACCACUAUGGGAUCUAGAGCCAAACCAUCUUUAAACCCUCAACAGUGGACACCUCAGCCUAGACUUUCUAAAGGAUUGUUGUUUUCAGUUGUUUACAUUUGCUGUUCAUUCUGUGGGUGGUCCAACAGCAGACGUCUAAUAUCAGAUGAUUGUUGCACCCAAAAUGCCAGUAGGCGUCAGACAACAGUUCUACUUGCUGACGGCCACCCCGGCGAUAGUUAGAAGGCACAAAUUUCACACAGACUCUCGAGAUGUGUUGGAUGAGUGGAGCAGCCUCUAAUUAUCUGUAGAUGUUGUUCACUGACAGGAUCUGAGGUUACUGCAGAGGGACGAUGCAAAGUCAGCCAGCUGUCAAGCAUGCUGUGUUCUGCAAGUACUUUAUGAGGUUUACAAGCACUCAGAACCUUUCUGAUGCAGCAGACGUGAAGGAAAGCGCGAGCACAGCAAGGAUGGUUCUGGUGAAUCAGAAAUGUAUAUGAGCAUUUAUAUAUAUUUAAUUAGCUUCUUAAUUUGUAGCCUUGUGAAGCAUUUUAUUGUUUUAAUCACUUGUAAUAUGUUAUGCUAUUAUGGAUGUUGUAGUAGAUUAUACCAGAUUAGUUAGGUUAUAGGACCUAGCUGUACAAUAAAAUCUUAAUGCACUCUGUGCAUAAAAACUUUUAUUUUGUCAUUAUAAAUGCCCAAGGUUGUAACAACAGUCUCAGAUGUUUUUGUACUGAAAAUUUUAAAAAAUAUCUUCAUUUUCCACGAAAUAGAAAUUAUGUGGCAAAUAUUCAAGGGGAGGAAUUCAGCCAAUAACACUUUCGCUUUCAUAUGUGAGGGGCAUUCUGUCCAGCUGUAGGCAAGAAAGCAGGGAGAGGGCUUUAAAGUACAAUACAUUCCUCAACCUCUAGAUGGUGCCACCAGAGAAAAAACGUUGUGACAACAAAACAAUCAACCAAACACAAAUUUUCUAACAUUUGAUAUUUUACAUCUACCAGCUUGCCUUCACCUUGCAUCCAUGUAAAAUGUAUGCUUUGUGGAAUAAGCAAUGAUUUGUUCCUAAUAUUAACAUCAACAUUGUACCAAACUACUUUCAUCUGGUCUGAGUAAAGUUUUUUUCACAAAAUCUUUGGUUGUUUUUAGGUAAAGAAAAUAAUGUUGUUUUGGGUUUACUGGCAUACCCAAAACAGAGCUUGCUUGACAAUUUUAUAUGGUUCUAGCAUGAAACAUGUGAUUGUGACAUAUGUACAUUUGAUUUGACUUUUGUUUAACAUAUUACAGGUUACAUUUAUUCCAAACCCACACAUGUAAGACCAGAAUGUAACCAGUUUUUUGUUGCACUUGUACUUGAAGCAUUAAUGAACUGCUCACAGAACCACUUCCUGUUUUAGUUACUUACUGUUAAUUCAUAAAGUAAAAAUCAAUUUUGUUGAAGCAAAAUAAGGACCAAUCAGAGGGCAGGAUGUUAAGUUUUAGGGUUUUUUUCCGGUGGGUGUGGUAUUGGUGGUGGUGUAUUUACAUGCCCAUUCAGUCUGGAUGUGGGCCGGUUUUGGAAACUGACACCAUAGUUGUCCUGUUUUGUAUGACAUGGAUAUUACCUGAUGUUAAAGCAAUGCAUUCUUCUGCAGUUUACAUUUCUUGGCACUUUGUUUUUCACAAUCCUAAUAAAAUUGUUCCACACUUCUCA